AUGAAUAGAAAAAGAAUAAGAUCGACUUUGGUCUGUGUUAAUUGUCGCAAGAAGAAAAUGAAAUGUGAUAGGAAUUUGCCUUGUUCUAGCUGUGUAAAUGCGGGUAUAGACUUGACUUGUGCCUACAGCUCCGCUUCCUAUAAAAAACCACAAUUUGAAAAGAGUUAUGACUUGUAUUCUACGGCUUCAACUCAAAAUGCAUUUGAAACUCCAAUAAGUGAAGAUAAUUCCGCAUCCAAAGAGUUAUCUGUUAACAAAAGACUUGAAAGUUUGAGACAUAAAGUCAAAGAACUUGAAGCUUCAAUAGCUGCUGAAACUCCAACUAGAGCUCAACCUUUAACUCCGGUUAACGAUCCAGACCACGUAAACCGAAGAAGCCUGAAUCCCAUAGCUUCAGAGGAGGACACUAUUAGUUUUCUUAGCUCGUUCAAACAACCGUCUAGAGAUAAAUCAAGAAACAUUUCUUAUCCAUACCGCCCGUUGCAAUUUAUUUUUUUGCUGAAAAGAGAUCCGGGGGCUAAAAUAUUCUUCAAUUAUCAAAUGUCUUUGAAGAAUUUCUCUUGGAGGAAUUCAAAGUCUAAUGUUCCCAAACACAAUGCAUCAUGUGAACAAAAAUUAACUAAAAAUAACGAGGUUGUUUCCAUUGAUAAAAAAUCUAGAGGAUUUUAUGGUACCAGCUAUAUAAGUAAAAUAGGUCAUAAUUAUACCUACUCCGAUACCAUUGAAGCUAAGAAUGCUAUAUCAAAUUAUGGAAUUAAUUUAGGGUUGACAUUUUGCAAUAAUGAACUCGGGGAUCUAGAACUAAUAGAUAAAAUAAAAGUAGUUUUACCAAAAUCAGAAAUUGUUUCAAGAUUACUAGAUAUUUUUUUUCCAAUCCUUUAUCCUUUUUUCCCUUUCAUCGAUGAAGCUUCUUUCAGGGAUGAUAUUUCUAGAAUAGUUAAGGAUGAUAUGGAAGGGUCUAAAAGGGAAAUUAAUAUCCUAAUUAGCAAAAAGAGAGACCUAGCAACUAUAUGCAUAUUAUUAAUUGUUUUGAGAAUGAGCUACCUAUCAAUAUUUAGUAAUUUUAUAAAUCAAAAUGAUAGUGUUUUGAACCUGCAAGAGAAUUCGGUAGAGGCUUGCGAAUCAAAAAUCCUAAUGAUGAACCCCGUCAGUUUGGAUUCUAUUGAAGUUGCAGAAUCAUGCCUUAAACAAUUUGAUUUAACAGCGAAUCAAGAUCUACUAGUUCUCCAAGCUGCGACUUUUAUGAGAAUAUAUCGAAGUUAUGCACCAGAAGAAGGAGGUGGAUACGCUGAUGGUGACCUGCUGGUUUUCAAUGGUAUUUUAAUACAUAUGGCAAAUUCUUUGCAUUUAAAUAGAGACCCUGACUACUUUUUGGAUCGUGAAACAGAUGAGAAAACCAAACAUUUGCAAAGAAAAUUGUGGUUUUUCUUAGUUAAUGCAGAUAUGGAAGAUUCAGUAACCUUUGGAACCCCUAUAUGGACAAUGCAAGACAACUAUGAUACCAAGCUCCCGUUUUAUUGUCAAAACAAUUCGAACUUGGUAGAUAUAGACUUUGAGCUGCAAGUGAUAAAGGCCUUUGAAUAUUUGAGUCCUGUAAUCACCAAUAUUCACUCUAUUCUCGAGACAAUUUUGAAAGUAAAAUCGACACCAAAGAUAUCGUACGUUGCAAAAUCUUUGUUUGAGCUUGAAAAUUUAAUUGAUACAAGACUUGGAGAAUUAAAUGAAUACCUUGUUCCUGACGAUAGUUUACCAGAAUUUUUAAAAAUAAUGAAACUAAAGCUAUUGAUACAUUGCAAAUUGUUUUUAUCCUACACUUAUUAUUGUCUUCAUGUAUAUUAUGAAGAAAAAGGGAUAUUUUAUUUGCAUUUAUUUUAUUUAAAAAAACUGGCUGUGAUCAUAUUUCAUGACUUAGCAGGCAUUUCAACUACUUUAUUACAUAAUUAUAGACAAUUCUUUGGACCUGCGUUUACAUUUAUAAUGACACCAGUAUUAGAAGUAUUUUGCAGAAUGGAAAUUGUAAUCAGUCUGAUAAUAUUCAUUAGGUUGCAAAGUACAAUAAGAACUGUAAACAGUAAUCACUUAGAAGCAAUUGGGAUGAGUGGAGACUCGCGUGAUAGAUGUAUAUUAAAUUUACAAACUUUAUCACACCACUUUAGAAAGCUUGCAGACAAAAGUAUAGAAAUGGUUUCAAUAAUGGGCAAUAGGUAUCGUUUUGCUUGGCGCUCGAAGAAGGCAUAUACUUAUAUCCUGAAGCUACUCUUGGAAAGUUCAAUAUAUGAUAAUAAUGAACAAGAUACUAGAAAGGCUGCAUUGAAGUUCUCCUUGGAUGACCAAGAGAAUAUGAUCGAGCUAUUGGAGUCAUCGAUUGAUAUGAAACAUUCAGAGAUAGGAAAUCACAAUACCAAUAUUGGCCUUGAUAAAGAAAAUAAAUUGGAGUAUUUAAUGAACGAAAAUCAACUUGAAAAUUUAUGGAACCAUUUAGAGUCAUUAAGGUCAAAGAAAAACGAGUCUAGUAAUUACAAAAAUUCACACACAGCCAAUAGUAUAAACCAAGUUGACAGCACCGAUUACAGUAGCGAAAGCAUGAUGCGUGAUAUUGAUUUUUUCGGAAGCUUUUCAUUUGGUGAUUCCAUUCCAGGCUACAAUCCGAUGUUUGAUAUAUUUCCAACGAAUUCAUAA